GGACCUAUGGACACGCUUGCACCUCGACGGUCCGCGCCGCAGCCGUAGCCGCAGCCACCGACGGUGAAAAUCUUGUAUACGCGCGCGCAAACAAGGGUGGUUUUUCGAUAAAACAUUAACAUACAACCAGACCGAUCGGACGAUAGAAGAUUUCGAGCGGUGCCCGUACGAAAUAUACGAAGAAAGAGUGGAUUGUGCAAAGUGAAGUGACGCUUCUAGUGCUUGAAUAUCGAGCGUCGCGGUGGCCGCUACGAGUUCUCUCGGAAGCCCAAACGGAAAUCUCUCACGAUAAUGGCGUACUUUCCGACGAACCGUGCUUUUUUUUCCACCAAGUCCUUUCGAUCGUUUUCGACACCGUAGCGUGCUCGUAGAUUUUUAUUCCCCGUACGGUCAAAUGCGACGGGUUUAAACGGAAAUUAAUACCGGAAUUAAAAUACGUCCGGAAUAUAGUGUGAGAACUUUUUAUGUCUUUCUUAACAGUUUCUUCUGUUCAACCCUGUAAUAUACUUGACGCGUGUAUUUUAGUUCGUAUUCUAAUGGAAGCGAGAAUAUUCUUCCGUACAUUUUAGUGCCCUGCUGUCAUUGCUUCAGGCAAAGAAGACUUGGAUCAACAAUGGGCACGUUAAUGGCUAAAAGAGAGACUAUACGAUAUUCUCUUGAGCCUGAGACAAAGGCGAAGAGUCCUGCAGCAUAGACAUGGACUCGUACGACUUGUUCGGUGAAGAUGUUAGUGGCUCGAUGCUCGAUGCUCUUCCUGACCUCGGGGGGAACGAUCAUUUUGACCCUGCAGGCACGACUAACUCUGUGGUAGUAUCUAGAGAUGGUCCAAACCCUGGUAUUAAUGGAGGAGGGAGUUACAUUAGUCAAUCUUACAUGUCUCAAGAAUCUCCGCUUCAAAAAUUAACUUCAUUCGGCGGUUCUGAAUUUGGAAGUUCGAAUCAAUUGCAAAAUCCAUCGCCACGCAACAUGUUUAAUCAAAAUCUUGGUACGUUCGAUAACGGCGCGCCGCAGCGCGCGAUGGUGCCCGGAGCGUUUCAAAAUCAGGCUCGAAACAUGGCACCGCAGCACAGAGGGCCUCAUCCCGGUAGUGGAGGACAAUAUCCUAACUAUAACGAUAAUAUGUACUCGAUGGAGCAGCAGCAUUCGAUGACUAGGUCGAGCAUGUCUAUAGAUCCGAGUAUGCAAGGCUGGCCAGGCAGUGGAAGUGCUUAUCCACAAAUGCAGAGACAUUAUAAUCAGAUGGCACCACAGCCUGGUACUUACCGGCAGCACAUACCUCCGCAGUAUUCUCAUCAGCAAGAUCAGAGCGGAGUUAUGAAUCAAAAGUUGCAGCAGCAGCAGCAACAUUUUAGUAAUCAACAGAACAUGAUCGGGAACAUGGGUGUGCCGCAUCAGGCGAUGCAGCCUGGUGGGACGAGUAACGUGUACCCGCACAUGGUCGGCCAGCAACAGCAUUACCAGCAAGGGAACUCUGUCCCAUUGUAUCAAACGUCUCCCGGGUAUCCGGGAUUUGCUUCGGCUAUUCAUCAACAGCAGCAGCAGCAGCAGCCGCAGCCGCAGCAGCAGACUCAGCAACCGCCGCAAAGGAUGCCGCAUCACCAUCCGUCUCAUCCCACGCAUCAAACGCAUCCUUCGCAUCCUCAACAGUAUCCUCAGCAUUCGCAACAUCCUAGUACGCAGCAGCAACAGCCCAUAGAUCCUCAGUAUUCUCAUCAUGCAAAUACGAUGUACAAUCAACCUCAGCAUUCUGGACCAACGACGCAGUUUGGCACAGCGAAGCAUGCCACGAGUCCACAGUAUCGUGCAACUUUUCCACAGUUGUCACCCCAAAUGUCGCCGAGGCCGCAGAUGUCUCCGCGACCACCGGCGGUGCAGCAACAAAUGUCUCCUAGACCUAUCAUGUCGCCAGCUAAACCUAACACACUGUCUCCGCAUCCGCACGUACAACUACCGCAUCAGCCAUCGAAUCAACCUGGUCCAAUGCCUGUUUCACCCUGUCCACCGGCUUCGAUGCAGAUGAAUCCUACGUCGCAGCAAACUACGCUUCAAGCAUUGGAGCAGAUGGUGAUACCAGGCGUUGCUGUAUCAAAUUCGAACGUUCCCAAUCAAGAUUAUAAUCAGUAUCAGGCGCGUCCACCAAUGUCGCAAGCACCAAAUGUUAUGCCUCAGUCGACCGCACAAAAUUCAAUGGCAUCUAUAGCUGGUCCUAGAAUGCCGUUGCCGAAUCAGUGGUCGCAACCACCGCAGCAACUCCAACCACAGCAGCCGCCACCGCCGCCGCAGCAGCAACAGCAACAACAGCAGCCGCAGCAGCAGCAGCAACCACCGCAGCAGCAACAACCACCACCGCCGCCGCCGCCGCCACCGCCACCACAGCCACAGCCGCAGCAACAACAAAUAAGGCCAAACGUGAACGAGGAUAGAAGCGUAGUAGAAACUCAGCCUCCUAUAUCUGAACAAAGUCCUUCUAUGUUCCCAGUACAAGGAACGGAACCUAUUCACAGUGUCCCAGAAACUACGACCAGAGAUUCUACAGAUCCUGUUCACAACACGAUCGAACCCCCGAAACCAGAGAACGAGGCGUUACAUCAGAACGUUCAAGAGCAACAGGAUGUACUCAGCCAGCAGCCUGACAGUAUGAUGCAAAGUACUACACAAAGCAAUCCAACGUUGGAGCAUACAUCUGCGAAUGUACCUCCGGAAAUAGUACAAACCUUACCAGCUACUAGUACCAAUGGAAAUGUUGAGUGUUCGUUACCUCAACAACAGCAAAUGGCACAGAAUCAGGCUCCUGUUUCUACCGUCGAGAGUCAGUGUGAUAAACAAUCUAACGAUCAACAUUUGGAAAUGAAUCCAGUAAACUGUCCAACUAAUAGCAAUGCUAUUGCUCCCUCUCAACAACCUGCAGUGAGCAGUCAGAUGGCACAGCAGCAGCAGCAGCACAAUCAACAACAGCCUAUCAGUUGCCCACAACCAGUUCAGCAAAUGCAUAUAAAUCAACCUUCUGUAGUGCCAACUCAACAGUCUCCAGUACAGCCUCAACAACCAUUGCAGUCUUCGCAGCAACCGCAAAUCAAUCAAGUGCAACAGCCUCCAAUAAGUCAACAAUCAUCCCCGCAGCAGCAGUUACAACAAAUAAGUACUCCGCCACAGCAGCCGACGAUUACUCAGUCUCAGCAGCCCGCGUUGAAUCAAACGCAACCAUCGCAGCCGCAAAUUUCCCAGCCUCAAUUAGUACAACCACAACCACCACCAGCACCGCCACCGACUUCAUCGACUCAACCAGCUCAACCUUGCAUUAGUCAGGCUCAAUCGACGCAACAGCCUCAAUCACAUAUGACGCCACAAGUUGCUAUGAUGCCACAGAAUGCGCCAUUGAUCCCAGCACAGGUGCCACAAAUGCAAACUCCUCCUGUACAGAAUUCGACGCCCCAGUUGCAGAACCAAACUAAUCAGGUUCAGCCUACGCAUUUGAACGGCCAACAAGUGCCUACGGUCAAUCAGAGCACUAACAUAGUAUUGCCAUCCCAUCAAGCUGCGGUGCCAAAUUCGCAAACCACUGUGCAACAGAAUUUUACGGAGUAUACCAAUAUCCAGAAAAAUAACAUUUAUCCGAACGAGAUGGUGGUGGGUUCUGGUCAACAGUACCCUUCCAGUGGUGACAUGAUUAGCGGUAGUACGAUGCCAAAUAUGUACAAUAUGCCACCGAACUCGACGUCGACGGCAGUCACGUCGGCCGGUUUUCCUAGCUCCUGUGCACCGGUUACUCAUCAUCAAGAAAGGGCAGCGUUGCAGCAGCAGUUGCAAGAGCUGUUCUGCAUGCCUCCAGCGAGUGAGAACCAAGAGAAAAUUGUUGCUAUACAAGAGAAGCUGCAAGCAUUGCAACAACAUGAGACUAAUGAUCAGUGCAACGGUGGAUCUCAAUGUAUACUGCAAAGUCCAAUGUUCACAGCGACUGCAGCUGUUGUAGAUAGUCCGCAGGUUACGAGCACUACUGGCCGUGGUCGUAGUAAAGGUACACCGAGAGCUAAGAAGAGUAGGAAGAAAGCUGAUAAAGAAGCGAGUGCUCCUACGAUUACUCAGCAACAGCCGGAACAGCCUCUGUCGGAUAAUCAAGUGACUCCUGGUGACAGUAGCAAUAUCGUUGACAGCGCCGCUGAUUCCGAAGACAUCAAACCGUCUUCUGGAGACAUGGAGGAAGAGUGGAACAAAGGAAGGAAGUCGCGAACUCCUUCGAGGAAACCACGUAAACCAAAGGAACCGAAAGAGCCGAAGGAACCGAAAGAACCGAAGGAACCGAAGGUCAAAAAGGAACCGAAACCUCCCAAGGAAGCGAAAUCUCCAAAAGCACCGAGGAAGAGAAACAAAGACAAGGACUCGACGAAACGUAACAGAAAAAAAACUAAUCACUCCGAGUCGGGUGACGACGAAGUUACACAGGAAACGGAGGAGACCACGGUGUCUGAUUCAAGCGCAGUGAAGGAAUCAGAUACGAAACCAUCCGAGUCGUCCAUUCAGGGUGACCAGGAACAAGUACAUUCUUCGACUACCGAACCUAUAGUGGUCGAGACGAAGGAUCAGAACAAGAAAGGGGACUCUGAGGAUAGUCCGAUGGAUGAGAAGAAAGAGGAAGACGCUAGUAUAACCGCGGAGACACCCAACAAAAAGAAGGCUGCUGCUCGCAAGAGAUCAGUCGGGAAAGUUUCGUUAGGAAAGUCGCCUAGAAGUUCGAAAAAACGGAAAAGUCGGAUCGCGCCCGAUUCCGACGGUGAAGAAUUAGCGGCAACGCCUCCACCCUCGCCAGAGGCCGGGGACGAUAAUAAGAGGCGUUCCGCGAGAAACACGCAUCGCAAGAAGUACGUCGACGACGUGAUGCUCCGAUUUUCGGACGACGACGUUCCGCUGCAGGAUUCUCAACUUUCGAAGAAAGUUGAGAACGCGGCGAAACCUGUAUCUGUCAAGAAGGAUAACGAAGGCGGUGAAGUUGGACCUAAUAAACCUAACUUUGUGUAUAUAAACACUACGGACGAGGAUUCCAUGGUUGUGCAACAUAUAUUAUGCUCUCGAAUAGGGAAAAGAGAAAUUAAACCGCCAGCCCUGGAAGUGAAAAUUGAAGCGACCGACGAGAAAGUCGAAGGGAAAAGCGCAUCUGACACAAAGGAUAAAGAGGAUGAAGAUGAUUCGAAGGAAAAGAUCUCUGAAAAAGAGUCAGUCUCGGAACCGGGUAACAAAGACGAAGAUGACGAGGACAAAUGUAGCACCGAAAAUGCAGCGAAAGAUAAGGCUAAGAGCGAAGGAGAGGUCACAGAGUCGAAGCAGGAGAGCGCUGUGGCAGAAGUGAAACCUCAGAUAGUGGAAGUCGAGGAGUACUUUGUAAAAUACAGAAAUUUUUCAUAUUUGCAUUGUGAAUGGAGGACCGAAGAAGAGCUGUACAAAGGCGAUAAACGAAUUCAAGCUAAGUUGAAGAGGUUUAAGCAGAGGCAACAGCAGAACACUAACAUCUUCGAGAAUACCGAAGACGAUCCGUUCAAUCCAGAUUUCGUAGAAGUGGACAGAGUGCUCGAUGAAGCAACGCAUACCGAUCCAACGACUGGCGAGACUAUAAAGCAUUACUUGGUGAAAUGGCGAUCUCUCCAGUACGAGGAUUCCACUUGGGAAUUAGAAGAAGAUGUUGACCCAGAGAAAAUAGCUCAAUUCAUAAAAUUUAAUAAAUUACCGCCCAAAGAUCAAUGGAAGCCGAAGAAGAAACCCACUGCAUCGGCAUGGGUGAAACUAGAAGAAUCGCCGAUUUAUAAGAGUAAUAAUAUUCUACGACCGUAUCAAUUAGAAGGUCUAAAUUGGUUGCUCUUCUCAUGGUACAACGGUCACAACUGUAUCCUCGCGGAUGAGAUGGGCUUAGGGAAAACGAUUCAGUCUCUGACGUUCGUGGACGCUGUGUACAAGUACGGGAUUCGUGGACCAUUUUUGAUAAUUGCACCACUUUCAACCAUUCCAAAUUGGCAGCGGGAAUUCGAAAGUUGGACCGACAUGAACGUCGUUGUGUAUCACGGAUCUGCGGCAAGUCGAACCAUGCUUCAGGAGUACGAAGUCUAUUAUAAAAAUGAGAAAGGACAACAAAUCAAAGAUCUGAUCAAAUUCAAUGUACUGAUAACCACGUUCGAGAUAAUCAUAACUGACUUCAAUGAAUUGAAGGGGUAUAACUGGAGAUUGUGCGUUAUAGACGAGGCUCAUAGACUUAAAAAUAGAAAUUGCAAAUUACUCGAAGGACUCAGACAAUUGAAUUUAGAUCACAGAGUCCUUUUAUCUGGCACGCCUCUGCAGAACAACGUGAACGAGCUCUUCUCGCUGUUGAACUUCCUUGAACCGGUACAGUUUUCCAGCAGCGAAGCAUUCCUGAAAGAGUUCGGUAAUCUGAGCAGCGAAAGCGAAGUUCAUAAGCUGCAACUUCUCCUUAAGCCUAUGAUGCUGCGACGGCUUAAAGAAGACGUGGAAAAGUCGUUAGCUCCGAAGGAAGAAACAGUGGUUGAGGUGGAAUUAACAAAUAUACAGAAGAAAUAUUAUCGCGGUAUCCUCGAAAGAAACUUUUCUUUCCUCGCGAAGGGAACCACAUCAGCUAACAUUCCGAAUCUCAUGAAUACUAUGAUGGAAUUAAGAAAGUGCUGUAUUCAUCCAUUCCUACUUAAUGGCGCGGAAGACCAAAUACAGUUAGACUACAAGACUGGUGAAAAGGAAGAUUCGGAGGCUUAUUAUCACGCCCUCGUAAAUAGUUCUGGAAAAAUGGUUUUGAUCGAUAAACUACUGCCGAAACUCAAAGCCAGCGGUCAUAGGGUUUUAAUAUUUAGUCAGAUGGUGAAAUGCUUAGAUCUGUUGGAGGAUUAUUUAUUGUAUAAAAAGUAUCCUUAUGAGAGGAUCGAUGGUCGAAUUCGUGGUAACUUGAGACAAGCUGCUAUCGAUCGUUACAGUAAACCUGACUCUGACAGAUUCGUUUUUCUUCUUUGUACCAAGGCUGGAGGACUUGGAAUUAAUCUCACAGCUGCAGAUACAGUUAUCAUAUACGACAGCGAUUGGAAUCCUCAAAACGAUUUGCAGGCUCAAGCUCGAUGUCAUAGAAUCGGUCAGCAGAAGAUGGUGAAAGUAUAUCGACUGCUCUGUCGAAAUACUUACGAGAGAGAAAUGUUUGACAAAGCUUCUAUGAAACUUGGAUUAGAUAAAGCUAUAUUACAAUCUAUGAAUACGAGUCAAGGUGGUAAAGACCCAAGUAAUAAACAAUUGACCAAAAAAGAGAUAGAGGAUCUGUUGAAGAAAGGUGCUUAUGGUGCUAUUAUGGACGACGAUAAUGCUGGGGACAAAUUUUGCGAAGAAGAUAUAGAACAGAUACUUGAACGAAGAACACAAAUUAUUACGAUAGAAGCUGAGAAGGGUUCAACGUUUUCGAAAGCCAGUUUCGCGUGUUCGUCUAACAGAUCGGACAUCAAUAUUGACGAUCCGGACUUUUGGAAGAAGUGGGCUAAGAAAGCGGAGAUUGACACGACGGAGAAAAAGGAAGAGGACGAGCUGGUGAUAUCGGAGCCAAGGCGGAGAACACAGAUCAAACGAUACGGUCACGACGAAUCUGUUGUCAUGUCGGAUCUUGAUAGUUCGGAUGACAACAGCGACGAUGAAACUAGUGGGUUGACAGGUAGAGGUAAAAAACGAAGAGAUAAGUUCAACAAGAAGACACGAAAGUUCUGCGACGAAUAUGUCCCGCGCGAGGGCGAAGUGGUAUAUGGAAGUUGGGCACGAAGCGAAUGCUUCAAGGUAGAGAAAGGACUGCUCACGUUCGGCUGGGGACGAUGGGAAGAGAUACUUCAGCACAGUCAAUUUCGUCGUGGAUGGCGCGAAGUCGACGUCGAAGACUGCGCACGAGUCAUUUUACUCUACUGCCUUCGUUACUACCGUGGCGAUGAGAAAAUUCGUAACUUCAUUUGUGAUUUUAUUACGCCUGUAGAAAAUGGAGAGAAGAUCAAGACUGUGUGUGCUAAUACUAGCGGACGAAAUAAUAGGCAAAAGAAAAAAGGCCGAGUCAGAGAAGGUAGAGAAACGCGUGGCUCGGCUAUCAACGGGGGCCCGAAUGAUCCCAAUCAUUGGAGCAACGCCGAGAAAUAUGACGGAGACAUAUUUCUCGAGAGCAAUUACAGAAAUCACCUGAGCCGCAACGCGAACAAAGUACUGUCACGCGUGCAAAUGCUUUACUUUAUCAAACACAAGAUCAUCGGAGACCUGGUCCAACGUAUAUCCGACGGUGUCCACGUCAGUGCGUUGCGGAUAAACCCUCCACAGCUGACGGACCGACCAGCGAAAUGGUGGGACUCCCAAGCAGACAAAUCCCUAAUAGUUGGCUGCUACAAACACGGCUACGAGAAUUACGACCAGAUGAGGAUCGAUCCCGCGCUUUCUUUCAUUACAAGCUGCCCUCCCCCUUCCCAGUCUCAGACCAUACAGAAUAAUAGCAGCAGCAGAGACGAUGCUAGUUUAGAGAAUGACAUCGAAGAUACCGAUUCCCUCGGGAUGUUGAAAGAUUCGAAGGAUUCCGAUAAAUUUAACCGAGAAACACCGACCGAUUCGCCUGCUAAUAAGGCGGACACCCCCGGUCCUGAACCAAGCAGUAGUCACGAGGGGAACGAUGGUUUAUUAGACGAAGAAAAGACUUGGCCAUCGGUGGUCGAUCUUAAUACUCGGUUACGCCGUGUAAUCUCUUCUUAUCAGCGCAGCGCGAAAAAGGAAGACGUAAAAGUGUUACAAAAAUCCAAAGGAAUGGAAAGUGAUACAACGACGACUGUGAAUCACGCCACAUCGAUGAAUGAAUCGCCUUUAAAUAUGCAGGGAUGGGACUUGCAACAGCUUGCUAUGUAUCUACUGAAGAUGGAACGAAGGGAAAAGAUGGAGGCCAUGGUGAAAGAGCAGACUCGCUUGGAGGAACAGAAAACGAAAUGGUCGCGUCGCGAGGAAAGCGAAUUCUUGCGAGUCGUAUCGACGUACGGUGUCAAUUACGAUAGGAAGAAGGCGCAAUACGAUUGGACUAAGUUUAAGAGUAUAGCUAGAUUCGAUAAAAAGACUGACAACGAUCUUACGGAUUACUAUAUGUCCUUCAGAGCGAUGUGCAAGAAAGUGUGCAACUCUAAAGUGACGGACGAGGACAAUACCACUGUCGAACAUCUCACUCCGGCGAAGGCAAGGCAGAUACUUGAUCGUGUGGAUCUUCUGAGCAAGAUUCGUGAGGAGAUCUUGUCUCAUCCUCAUCUGGAAGAGCGACUCUCGUUGUGUCAGCCAUCGGGCGACACACCCGAGUGGUGGCAGCCUGGAAAACACGAUAAAGAAUUACUGCUAGGUGCAGCAAAACACGGCUUAGGCAGGACUGAUAUAACGAUUCUAAACGAUCCCGACUUCUCGUUUCACAAACUUUUGAAUAAGAAUAUCUAUAGCAAUAUCCAGGCGCCUAAAGCCACGGAUAAAUCCGAAAAAGCAAUUAAGAUCGAGAACAGGGAUGAUAUAUUGAAAUUUGAUAAGGACGAGAUACUUGUGAAAUUAGAAAAGGGUGAAGGUACGUUAAAAAUUGAGAAGGUGGGUGCGAAGAAAGAUACGACUGUAACGGAGAAACGGUCAGAGAAUGCAGAGUCGGAGAAGAGCCAAGUAGAAUUGACUAUUGUCAAGGCUGAAAAUAAAAUCGAAGAGAAACCUGUCAGUAAUGCCUUAACUAUUACGACCGUGGCGAAAGCCUUGCCGUCGGACAAGGAGCAAACUACAAAGAUAAAAACCGAAGAAAAGAACGAAGUAGUAAUAGAAUCGAUAAAGAGUGAAGUUCCCGUAACUGAACAACCUGCGGACGCUAGCAAACCGGAUGAGACGAAAGCGACUAGCUCGGACACCGAAGAAACGGCGCCUGUAAAAACGGAAGAUCAGGAGAAGCCAGUUCCAGAGACCGAAAAAGAGGAAGAUAAACCGGAAGAAAGUAAAGAACCGCAAGUACAGGAGAUAACUGAGAAGGAUACGUCGGAGCAAAAGGAAACUGUGCAAACAGCAGCAGAAACGGUGAUUGAAAAUACUGAGAGUGUCGCGCCUGAGAGUGAGAAGGUCGUCGCGGUAUCCGAUGCGCCAGUAGUUAAGGAAGAAGUGGAGGCGCAGGAAAAUAAAUCAGGAGACACAUCCAAGGAUAAAACGAAAGGCUGCAAGCUUGAAGACAAGUGUAACGUCCAAGUAGCGGAACAAAUUAAAGCGAUGUUCCCCGAUUUGGAAGUUAUUCAACCGUUGUCACGAUUACCGCAGAUCGACACGUUCGUCCUCCGUGACAAAGCAGUAGAUCAUAACGAACCAACGGUUGUACAACUUCUGUCGCACAAUAAUAGUGUUACGAUCAAGUGGCCGAAGGAGCACGCGAUCGAAGCUCGUUUGAUGCACAUCGUACAUGCGAUCGAGCACAAAGAAUGGCCUGUGUCUGUAAACUUCACCGCUGGCGAUGAAUCAGACGUUGCUUCCAAUGAUAAAGAAUGUUCGGAAGUGAUAACUAUAACUACAGAUCACGGAAUAUCACGUAAUGUAACGCCUGGGAAUAAUAUGUCGCAGUCUAAAAAACGCAAGAGGCACAUUGCUAUCGACGUAGAAACUGAAAGAGCAAAACUUCACGCAUUAUUGAACAGCAGCAGCCAUACUGUUACUCAGUCACCUGCGACUUUAAGUAAACCUACAGUAUUGUCGGGAUCUAAUAACUGGGAACUGAACGACGAGUCGCAAUCAGAGGAAUCGAGACGUUCGACUCCGGUCCAACCGCCACCGGCGCAUCAGCAAACGCGAACACCGAAUAUGCCUUUCGAUUUGAAAUACACGGUUCCUGGGAAGCCGACCAUAAUUCCUGGAACUUCGAGUACACUGACUCCUAUAGAUUUAUCAGCCGGGUAUCCAAAAACGAGCACGGAUAAUAAUAAUAAAGAUAUUAUGAACGAGGUUCAAGACUUCUCAAUGCCAAAUAAAAAUAAACAAAUUAGUAGUAAUAAAGGGAAAUUAGAUAGUAUGCUAGACAAAUUAAUGAAGAGAAAGAAUUGCCCGACGGACGAACCGGUAAUUGGAAAGGAGAAGAAACGUCGGAAACUGGACGAGAUCGUGCUAGGAUUAAGCGCAGCGAAGGAACAGCAGAGCAGUCAUUAUCCCGAACACAGUAAAAAAAGUACAAUUACACCGAACGUUACUGUUACUCCAACUUCAGCACCGAUGGGACUUCCAAAUCCUCCAACGAGUGCCCAAAAGCCGUUUUCUAUCACUGUCACUACAAUACCUUCUUCACGAGCUUCGAACUCUACUUCUGGAUUGCCGCCCCCGUCUUUGCAUUCGCACAAGGAUAGUUUUUCUGCUUUGCUUGUUCAAGCUGAACAACAAAAUCGGGAGUUCAAGAAACAACACCAACAACAUCAGCAGCAGUCUCAGCAGCAGCAACAACAGCAGCAGCAGCAGCAGCAGCAGCAGCAACAACAACAACAGCAGCAGCAACAACAACAACAACAACAGCAACAGAACUUCAAUGCGACGCACUCAUCGUCAUCGAGUAGUCACAAAAAGAGUUACGAAGCGAUGAUCGCAGAUAUUAACAAGGUUGCUGAAUAUUCUUCUAAAACAGGAUCGUAUUCUCAUGAGGCUAAAGUAAAUAAAUGGUUAGCUGAACAAACUGCUAUGUCCGAACAGUUAAGUGCAGAGUACUUGAACGCACCUAGGCGACGACGACCACGCGUUGAUCCGUCGUUGUUAGACUGGAAGAAAUUGACCGGCGAAGAAAACGUUGCUGUGAUCAACAGAUUGACGGGAAAAAAGGUGACUGGGAGCAAGGCGCCACAACUGAAACGAUUAGGUCAAUGGUUAAUUGAGAAUCCAGUGUUCGACGUGGACCCGAAAUGGGCUGAACUCGUGAAGGAGCGGGGAAAUCUUCCACACGAUUUACAAAAGAGAUUAUCUGGAAAUGAUAGGAAUUACGCAAAUAAGGGUAAGAGCCCAGGGAGACCUCCGAUGAUGCCGAGCCCUACUAGUCAACAGUCUGCGAAUCAAGCUAACUUAGCAGCUACGUCGAUGGCUUCAGGUUUAAAUUUCUCGUCACUGGGUAAUUUGAAUAAUUCCCUUUUAUCCGGCCUCUCUCUAGGCAAUUUCGAUCCAAAGAAUAAUCCUCUUUUAAUGCCGUUCGGCGGCCUGUCCAAUUUGGGUGCCCUGAGCGGAUUAGGCAACUUCAGUAAUCUGAGUAACAUGAGUCUAACGAAUUCUUUGUUCGCAAAUCUCGCUGGUCUUGGUUUAUCGUCCUUAGCGGGUAUGGAGGCUGCUCUAGGUGCAACGGCGACCAGUACAGCGGGCGAUACCAAUCCCGCGGUCAGUUCUGUUAACAGUAAAAGUACGAGUUCGACUAAUAUCAGUAGCGCCAGCAAAUCGUCUCGCAGUAAGAUGGAGCCCCCCACAAGUAGCAAAUCUUCGGUGCCUUCGACUUCAUCCGCAUCAUCCACGAUAUCGACAACGACGCCGUUCCCAUUCUUUUUCCCAAAUCCUAGUCUCCUGUACACGCCACUGGGUUUGGGUGGUCUGAAUCCAUUUUCGAUGCAACCCGGUGGAGUGUCAUCGGCCUACGAAAGUCUUGCCCAAUGUGGGUUAUUGAAUCCACCGACGUCGAGUGCCUCAACAGUGCGGAAGCCUGCAUCAUCGGCGAGCAACUCGAGGCAACGCGACACGGUCACGGAAUCGACGAGCAAGCGGAAAGAUGCGGAGAAAAAGUCCAGGUAUACCAUCGAUCCUGCGAUAACGUUACAGCAGUACACGGACAUGGCGUUACACAACGAAGAGAGACGCAGAGUCGAGCCGGAGAAGCGGGAAUCCUUGGAACAGAACGACAUAGCAGAUCUCUCCGAAAGAAGAACCGAGAGAAAGAGCAAGGAACAAGAGAUGAAAGAGGCCUUGGAUCACUUGAGUAGAACCAGCGCAGAGAUCCUGACGAGAAAUCUCGAGGAUCAGCGAAUGAUUGAGAAGAGAGGUCGGAGCUCGGAGAACCACGGUCAAACCUCCGAGCAACAAACGUCCAGCAUGCUAGAGGUAACUCUUGAACCCGUCGUUAAGAAGCCGAAGAUUGAAAUCGAAAUCAGCACGAAGCCUGUGACGAGCACGACCACUGUACCUCCAGCCGACGUGACAACGAGCGAAGCCGGUGUGCCGAUCAAACAAAGUUCUCCGGAGGAUAAUAACGCGUUCAGUGAGACGUCUUCGAGUAUUAAUAGGAAAGAGACUGAAGAAACUAUCGCCGCUGCAGUGAUACCGACUUCGACCACUUCGGUCACUGUCACGACAGUUGCAUCCACGACUACACCUACACCCACACCUGCACAUACGCCGACGCCUACAUCUACGCCUACAUCGACGCCUACAUCAACACCCACAUCGACACCCACACCUACACCUGCAUCUGUGACUACACCUACCUCUUCUACCACAUCGAUAUCGACAACGGUCCCGGAAGAUGCAACUGCAUCGCAGCAGCAAGCACCUGCCAAUGGUAAGAGUGAUGCGUCGAAACCUCCGUCGGAAAUGGAAGAGGAUAACAAGGGUACUAAAGCGAAAAAAGCGCGAAGUGGGAAACGACUAAGUGUAGAACCUCCUCCCGAGCGAAAGAAUCUUCGUUCAAGUGCCGGUAGACAAGCGAGAGCAGCGGCGGAACGACAGGCAAGAAUGGAGGGUGAACUGCAAUCCGAACAACAAGAAACUCACGCAACGAGUGAGUGAAGUGAACGUUCUCUUUUUUUUUUCUCAAAUAAUAAGUGAGUACGGAACAGUACUGGUGUUGUUAAAUGAUCAAAUCUUCCGUUGUCGCGAUUAAUCUUAUUGCAAACUCAUGCGAUACUCGCACAACGAUUUCCAGAGUAAAAUCGUCGAUUCAUAAACACUUACACGUCUACGGAUGAAUCAAUGAGGCGGUCGUUUUUAAUUAAAAUAGAAGCACAAGUGCAUUCAAAGAACUCGAACAAAAAAGAUAAAAAAAAAGACGUAAGAAAGAAUAAAAACAUUUAUAGAAUUUGAUUUUUUCUUCCAGUUUAUACGGAAGUAAUGGGACAAAUAACAAGUAAACCACAUUACCAUUGCUAUCAUUGUGAACGUAUAACAUUGAAGCUGUUAUGAAGGCUGGCAAUAGUAUUUUAUCAUUCGAUAUAUUGUGUGGUGAUUAACUUUUAAUUAUAUAAUAUUACAAUAACAAACUAUUAUUUUGUUAAAUUUAUUAUUCUUUAUGAUCUUUAUUGGUUUUGACGAGGGACUGUUUUAUAUAACUGCUAUCUCACUAUUGCGUAGUCGCGCAACAGUUUGCGGAUCAUUCGAACGUAAGAUUAUAAUCAUAAUGUAGUAAAGUAAUUUUAGUAAAUAACUUAAUAAAAAAAAAGCAACAGUGUAAAUAUUCUAUACAUUAUGCCUAGAGACUAUAAGUGAUCGUGUACUUGGAAAAAAUGUAUAUAACACAGUGUACUUUUAAUUACAUUAGGUGAUACAAUAAACAGCUUUUUCUGUUGUUUGCAAAUGCCAA